AAGGUUUUACCGAGGUUAUCGUAUUGAUAAGGAAGAAGGCGUUGUAAUAUGAGAGUUACUUCUUGUUUUUGUCUUAUUUUCAAUUUGGCAUUAUGAACUUUGCAUUCCUUGGGAUUCUAAUACUGGGCUUCGCUUCAUUAAGCUCUGGGGAUGAGCCGAAAAAAAAGCUUCAGAUCGGCAUUAAGAAGCGUGUCGAAAAUUGCAAAGUCAAGUCAGCGAAAGGUGACCUUCUUCACAUGCAUUAUACAGGGAAGCUUGAAGAUGGAACGGUUUUUGACAGCAGCGUUGAACGGAACCAGCCGCUGACAUUCACUCUUGGCUCCGGUCAGGUGAUCAAAGGCUGGGACCAAGGAUUGAUAGGGAUGUGCGUCGGUGAGAAGAGAAAACUGGUCAUCCCGCCUGAGCUAGGCUAUGGAACACAGGGCGCACCUCCAAAAAUUCCAGGAAAUGCUGUGCUCGUUUUUGAAGUGGAACUGACCAAAAUUGAAAAGAAGGACGAGUUAUAAAGACUAGUGGCGAUUUCCAUUUAAUACAUAUAAUACAAAUAAAAUUUUAUUACAUUUAAUUGUGUCUUGCCCAGUUAUAUUUCUUUAGUGAUAUGUUAAGCCUUAUUUUAUUAACGUUUUACAAAUGCCGAUUACCUUUUAUACCUUUAUUAAAGAACAAUAAUCGUUUUUAAAAUGUA